AUGCCUCACUUCAAAUUAGAGCCACAGUACUCAUUAUCCUGGGCCCAACGCAUUUGUGACCGAUUCCGGCUCAGGCAGGGGAAAUAUGAGGUCCCUCUUCUGAAAGCUCAUGAAGGAGUAACGGCGGUCCCCUUGGAUACACUCGUGCCAGAAGAUUCAGGCCUUCCAGCACCACUUGAGCCCCUGAAGUUGGGAAGUCAACAAAACCUAGGGUCUCGACUACUGCAACUUCCACCAGAGCUACUGCUUCACGUCGUGCGCUUUCUGCCGCAUAGCUCUCUUUACAUGCUGCGCCAGACCUGUCAGACCCUGCGCGAAUUAACUGCCGACUUCGAGUUUCACGAUUUUCAUUGGGACAUCCUGCACUUUACAGAACAAGGCGUCUUUAGACCUACAAUCCUUGGAUCCACGUGUGAACAGCUUCGGCUCAUCAAGCGGACCUUGCUGCGAAGGUCACUAUGCAAACACUGCAGGGAUGUAUUUGACUCAGGCGAGCUGGAAAGGCGACUCCAGAGACUUUGGCAACCUAUCCGUUGCGCUGGAUGCAACCAAAACCACCCGGAACUUCUUUUCCCGCAGGGAAAUGAAAAAGGCAACAUCUGUGUGGGGUUGCUGGGUCACUUUGAAAUUUGCAAGCACGUCAAAGUCUCGGCAAAGCUGCAACCGAAAUAUAACGAAGGAAUGUACAUUCGCUGCAAACAUCCCGAUCAUUGCUCUGCGAGUAGUCGAGAUGUUGAGAACAUGUCAGACUUCACGAACUAUCAGCCUCGCAUUCGCACGUCAUACUCAGGAGACAUACACGCCAUCCGCUACGUUAACCUUUUCCCAGUGGCCAGGAUCAAUCAGCGACAAUUCCCGGGAAUGCCAGCACUGCAGCAGUUUCUGCUGAAACAAUUCAAGGAAAAGGGCGUUGAGGGAUUGUGUUCACAUGCUUCAACACAGAUCGAUUCUAUCGUGUCGUCUAUGAUAUCAGACGAAUGCAAUUGCUUCCCUGCUACCGGGACUCCGGUUCAUAAACUUGAGGCUCCAUACGGCCCAGGCGCUAGGUGUCCGAACCACAGCUAUAAUUGCCGCCAUUGCGGGGCACAUUACCUUUGGUUCUACGAGGGCGACUAUAUUGUUCUUAGCCAUAAGUUGUUCUCCAGGAACACCGGCUCGGAUAGCUUUGGGUGGCUUUCCAACCUCACAUUUGAUACGGACGAGCACCCUCUCUUCAACGACAAUACCAAGGGUGUGCUCUGGUGUGAUGAUCCAUCAUGUGGCACAGGCUGCGGAACCCGCUGGCUUUUAAUGGUUGAGAUACUGAAAAGAGCUUCACUACGCCGUCACGGGGGAUUCGACCAAGUUCCUCUGCGGGAUAGAUACUCUGCGCUGAAGCUGCCAUUUACAUUGGAAUAUCAAGUGUUCCAGGAGGCUGUGGAAUGGCCCAAAGAUCCAAACAUGCUAUCCAUGGACCUUAUGUUUCCAUUACCUCACUAA